GCCAAAACUGCUGCCUAAACCUCAGUCCCUCCAAAAUCCCAAAACCCCCAUUCCCACCCACGAAACCCUAGGCGGUCCCGCGGCGGCGAUGGCGACCGGCGGGGAAAAGCCCCCGUCCCUCGACGCCGACGUCGACAUGGCCGACCUCGCCUCCCUCGACGCCCCGGCCGCCUCAUCUGCCGCUGCGGCCGGCGCCCCCUCCACCCGCUUCCGCCCCAGGGCCAAGGGCAAGCCCAAGCCGAAGCCCGUGGCCCCCAAGCCCGAACCUCUGGUCGUGCCCAAAUCAGAGCCGGAGCCGGAUCCGGAUCCGGAACCAGAGCCGGGGCCGGGGCCCGUGGCCGCCCCCGCGGCGCCGCAGGAGGAUGAUCGCGUGGACGCUAUGGAGGUGGACGGGGCGGGGGACGCUGCUGGUCCUGGAGAGGGGGCGGCGGCGGGGGAGCAGGCGGAGGAUGAGGAGGACGACUUCGUGGUGCGCGAGAUCGAUGUGUACUUCAACCCCAAGCCCUUCGACGACGACACCAAGCUGUACAUUAUGCAAUAUCCCCUGAGGCCAUGUUGGCGCCCAUAUGAGUUAAAUGAGAUGUGUGAAGAGGUUCGUGUGAAGCCAUUGAGUUCAGAAGUUGAAGUUGAUUUGAGUGUCAAUAAACAGAGUGAAAAUUAUGACCAAGAGGCACCUUUGAGAUUGACAAAACAGACACUUUCAUCAUCAAAGGCAGAAGAUGUUUCUGAUUAUGCGGUUGGCGUUCUUAAAGGCAACUUGGUUCAUUUGAAUCACAUUGAUGCAGUGGUGCAACUGCGACCAUCAAUGUCACAUGUAAUUUCUGGUCGAGCAUAUAAUAGGCAGGCUUUACAAUCUCGGGAGAUGAAUGGUGGUGCUAGUGGCUCAAAGGCUCCAUCUCGUAAGGGAGAUGAGCGCCCAGAAGAUUCCAAGGACCAUGCAGAAGAUUCUGAGCCAUGGAUUUCUCUCACGUACCAACCAGCAGAGAGUAAUAUUGCAACCAAGUACCAUGAUAAGAUGAUAUCAAACGAGGGUGGACCUAUUGAUUUCACAAUGAGCAACUCUGAUUAUGUAAUGUCCUUGUGUCCUGGAGCCUCAACUAGGAGCAAGCAUAUUAACAAAUGCCAAGCAAUAAGGGAGAUGCUUUUGCUACCACUUGAAGAACGCCUUAAAAAAUGGUUUACUGAGGUUUCAGAAGUAAAUCAAUUUGAUGCUCUGAAGCACCUUGCUCCUACCUAUUCAGAGGAAGAAAUCCUGAAAGUCCUUCCAGACUAUGCAUAUUUGGUGCGUGGUUUAUGGGUAUGCAAAAGUUCUUUGUUGUUUGAUGAUGGAUAUGCUUCCAAAAGAGACAGAAUCCUUCUUGAAUUUACAAAAAGUGAGUCCAUCCCUGAGAAAAUUCUAGGAGUAUGGAUCAAACCGGAUGACCUUAGGAGGAAGAGGAUACUGUUUCCAUUGUGUAAAAGACGUGGAGUUAUGAAGGACUAUAAAUUUAUAUCCUCAGAUUUGUCCUUUCUAAAACGCUAUCCUCACAUAGUCAAUGAACAAGAGUGUGCUUGGUCCACUCAUGAGAUGACUAUCCGUGAGUCUCUUGAAGUGUCCAGAACAGUGGAACGGAAGACCAAGAAUUCAACCAGACCUAAUGUUGCUUCCAAAGGGCCUAAUCCAAAUACAAGCAAGGGUAGGGAUGGCCCUGCUCAAGUAAGUGAUGACCAUGUGCAUGUUUUGGGUACUGUUUUCGCUGCCAACAAAGUUCGCAGCAUGCAGGCAGUUGUUAGAGACUUGCGUCAGUUGGCUGCAAAAUAUGCUUCCAAUAGAAAGGAUGGAUCAAAACUGCAAGCUCUGUGCGAGGCUGCAAAAUCUUGUGCAUCGCUCUCUCCUGAUGAGCUCAAAAGAUCAAUAUCUCUAGUUGCUGUUAAUGUUCAUGAUGUAUUUGUUGCAAGGCAUGAGCAGAAACGAACUGUACGGAACGUACUCAUUUUGCUCUUCCGUAAGAAAGAACCCAAUGCAACAUUGACCAAGCAGGAAAUUCUUGCUACUGCUUCUUCGCAUUUAAAAAGAGAGAUUAGUGAUAAGGAGUACCAUCAGGCCGUGACUGAGAUCUGCAUUUCUACUGAAGAUGGACACUUGGUUUUGAAAAGUGGUGACGAGCCCUGAGUUCACUAUGAUGUACCUUUUAAAGGUCCAAGAUGGACUUCUUUAAAGGACAGGAUUCUUCUUAACUGACAGCUGGAAGAUUUUUUGGGCCUCAUCAUAUUACCUUAGUUACAUAUUUCUUGGUGUUAUAUAAUAUUGGUCAAUCAGCUUUUAUGGAGUAUUGCAAGUUCAGCAGGGUUAGCAAAAUUUAGUACAUAACCAGUCAGCUAGUCUACAUAGCCAAUCAUUAGUCAUAGUUUCUGCUACUUAUAGCCCUUCCUUAUCAUGGUUAUGGUAUUCAUUCCUUCCGUGGAAACAAGGUUACUGGGUUGUGCCGAAUUUGGAAAUGGCUGUUGCCUUGGUUGGAAUAAUAUUUCAAGUUGUUAAUAUUGUGUAUAUUUUUUGCACUUAAUCCUCUGUUUCGAACAUUUUUAA